GAGUUGCUUUUCCGGGUGUCGGAAGGAGACUUGAAGAACAACCAAAGGAAAAAAAAGUGUGUAAAUAGAAACGUUUUAAGUAUUAGUUACGCACUCAUACAUAUAUUCAAAGCAAUACGUUGAGGUGGCAGGGCAAAUGGGAUGAGGAGGACGAUUCGGUAUUUUUUCUUAGAUUAUCUUCCAAAAGGAGCUCAUGCGAAUAUUAACGAAUGGACCAACCCGUCUGAAGUUACUGCCGAGUUUCGUCGCACAGAAGCCGCCGCUGUUCUUUCAGAUAAGGAAAAAGAAAAUCGUGGCUUUUUUUACCUUCCUUGUUUAGAUUAUGAUACGGGAGUUGGUAUACCUCCUUUGAUGUCGAGGGCGCAGUUUGAUAUUCAGUAUGAUUUUUUUCAUAGAGAUGCCGUCAAACGCCUUAACACCCACACACUGGGUGAUGAAUUGGAGGGACACCCGUUAGAGGUGGUGAUCCGGAAUACGGCCUUUGAUGCCGCAAGGGCUGUCAUCCACAUCGCGGCAUCCGAGCACUUUAACUACUGUUUUUGGUAUCGUUCGCUCAGGCCGUGGGGAACUAAAAUCCCCUUGCGAAUAAAGGAGCGGCUUCGACUGCAGUACGGUUACAAAGCUGCUCUAGACCCCAUCGCGGAGGUGAAGCGCCUCUUCACAGUAACUGCACUUUCACAUCAGAGGCUUUGCGGGUGGAUUUACCUGGUGUGGACGGGCAAAAGCUUUGAUGUAGUGGAGUUCGAUCACGGGAUGUGCCCUAUUGGGAGUAAUCUAACUCCUUUAAUGGCUCUUAAUUUGCACGAAUCGGCUCUCUGCAUCGACUACAAUGUGCAGGAUAACUCCACAGACGCGGUAGAACGGUACGUGAAUAACUUUUUCAAGACCUGCAAUUGGCUCGUCGCAAACCGAUACUUUUCUAUGGCUAUUGGUGAAAGUGAUAAUUAGGAAUUUUGCUAAAAGAAAGUACCAUCAGGAACAAAAAUGAGAAAGAGAUUAUUUUUUCGUGACUCCCAAAGCUCUU